CAAUUGAAAGUGAACUUAAACAAAAGGGCACAGGACAUCACAGGAUGUGUGGCUGAGGUGUGAUGUCAAGAUGUCAAGAAGAGAUGAAGCUUUCCGAGUGUUGGGUAAAACUGGAAAUAACCUCUAAUAAAACAAGGUGUGUUUGGUGAUGAAGUGAAGUCAGUGUCAGUGAUGGAGGGAGAUUCUGUUACUCUACACACUAAUAUUACUGAACUACGGAGUAAAGAUGUGAUAGUUUGGAGGUUUGGAUCACAAGGGUCUCUCAUAGCUCGAAUCAAUAGAGAGGCCAAUACAGUCUUAAUAAAUGAUGAUGUUCUUGAUGGGAGAUUCAGAGACAGACUGCAGAUGAAUGAUCAGACUGGAGAUCUCACCAUCACAAACAUCACAACCAAUCACACUGGAGAUUAUCAACUGACCAUCAGCAGCAAUCAGAAGACCUCAUACAAAUUCAAUGUUACUGUCUAUGCUCGUCUGCCCAUUCCUGUCAUCAGCAGAAUCUCUCCACAAAACUCCUCUUCUUCAGAAAGCUCAAAUUGUUCAUUAUUGUGUUCAGUUUUGAAUGUGAGAGACGUGAGUCUGUCCUGGUACAAAGGAAACAGUUUAUUGUCCAGCAUCAGUGUGACUGAUCUCAACAUCAGCAGCAUCUUUCUUCAUUUGGAGUGUCUGGAUGAUUCUUACAGCUGUGUGGUGAACAAUUCAAUCAGUAAUCAGACUCAACAUCUCAACACUGAUCUCUGUCAGACAUGUUCAGACUGUUUUUGCUGUUGUUAUGGUCCUGUAGCUGUGAUCCGAUUGGUUCUCUCUGUUUUGGUGGGUGUGGCUGCCAUUGCUGUUGUGGUUUAUGACAUCAGAACCAGAGGAGAUGAACAGAAGAAAAGAUCAGAGACAUCAGACAAUCACUAAUGAGCUUUAUCUUCUCACAUAGAUGGUGGUAUCACUGCAAAAGCUUACCCGUUUAUAUCAAUUUUCACUGAACUUAUUUUAUAUUAAGCUAAAUGUUAGGUUGAUUGUUUUAGUUAAACAUUAUUGUUGGAUUAAUGCUUGAGACUAUCAAAGUUCAAGUUCAGAUAGUGUAAAUGGUCCAUCUGUCAUACAAUUAAACUAAAAUAUAUGGCUCUGUAACCCAUUCAUUUUAAUUGAAACUGUGAUUGAUGAAUUGUGAAUUUGAUUGCAACAUACAGUGGCAUGUGAAAUUUCAUAUGAUGCUUAUAAUAGUGAAUAAUGAUGUACAGAGUAAUAGGAAUGUAUAAUUUUCAUUUACUGUAUUA